AUGUCAACUUCAAAGACAUUCGUAUUUAGAAGUUCAGAUAAUGGGACCUUCAAGGUGGAAGAGGCUGUAGCGUUAGAGUCACAAAUCAUCAAGCACAUGAUCGAAGACAAUUGUGUCAAUUCCAUCAUUCAUCUGCCGAAGGUAACUAGCAAUAUAUUAUCCAAGAUUAUCGAGUAUUGCAAGAAGCACGUCAAAACCCCCAAGUCUGAAGAGAGGAAUUCCGGCAAUGCCUUCAAAACUUUUGAUGCAGACUUCAUCAAAGUUGAUCAUUACACCCUCUUCAAUCUCAUCUUGGCUACAAAAUAUUUGAAAUUUUAA